AUGGGAUGCCAGAGGAUUCCAAGGGCCUGCUCUUCAGAUGCUUUUUUGAUAUACAGGCAUAAGCAUUGUGGAUCCUAAUGGAGCAGCUUGAUUUGAAAUUGGCAGCCGAAUGCCAGAGUGCGGGAUACCCCGGCACCUUGAUUCCCUAUAAGUGCGACCUGUCCAACGAAGAGGAGAUCCUCUCCAUGUUCUCUGCCAUCAAGACGCUACACCAAGGGGUGGACGUGUGCAUCAAUAACGCCGGCUUGGCUUGCCCCGAGCCCCUGCUGUCGGGGAAAACGGAGGGUUGGCGGAUGAUGAUAGAUGUCAACGUUAUGGCUGUAAGUAUCUGUACCCGGGAGGUCUAUCGGUCCAUGAAGGAGAGAAACGUUGACGAUGGGCAUAUUAUUAACAUUAACAGCAUGAAUGGCCACAGUGUCGUACCACAGUCGGUUGUUCAUUUUUACAGUGCCACCAAGUAUGCUGUCACGGCAUUGACAGAGGGGCUAAGACAAGAACUCAGAGAAGCCAAGACUCAUAUACGAGCUACAUGUAUAUCUCCAGGACUGGUGGAAACUGGAUUUGCUUUUAAACUUCACGAUAAUGAUCCAGAAAGAGCUGCUGCAACCUACGAGAGCAUUAGGUGUUUAAAAGCUGAAGAUAUGGCCAAUGCUGUAAUAUAUGUCCUAAGUGCUCCACCGCAUGUACAGAUUGCAGAUAUUCAGAUGAGGCCUACAGAGCAGAUUUCAUAGCAAAGGAGGAGGACUGCAAGCAGCACCAUGCAUCAAUCCCCCUUCACGCCUUCCAGCAGUUUAGGGUUUCAUCUGCUGGUUGACAACAUUUUAAUUGGAUUCCAAGGAUCACAUUUGAAGAAUUAAUUUUCGUUCUCACUCCUCCCCUCCCCCCGAGCUGAUGCUGAUCCAGUAAAAAAUUAUUGGUCUUGGGUUUCUCUCCCUGCCCCACUAUUACAGUAAAUGUAAUUUGAAAACACGGCAGGGAAGCAAAUCAGUGGAAUACAGUAUGUUAUUGGUUAGGUUUUUAGUCGUGUUUGGGUCUUGUUUGCUGGUGCUCCAGCCAGACACAGCUGAAGCGUCAUGAGAUAUUUGCCAACUUCAAAGCAUCACUUGUUUUCUGGCUUCUCUCUUCUCUGCUGAGGCACAUUCUUUGAAUUGUUGCCAUGAAUUAAACGGCACAUGACCUGUCACUUUCUUCUCUGUCUGUUAAGUAUUAUUGUCAGAGGCAUCCCAGCUACUUCAUAUGGCGGAGAUGAUUCCCACCUCCUCUCUGUUCAGCUGACACAUACUAAUGCAAUGGAAGGAGAUUGCCUUUGUACUUCAAACAAAGGGUUUGCCUUAAUACUAGUCCUCUCUUCUAAAAUCAAAACAAUAGACAAGAUAUCCAUUGUCCACCUUUUUCAACAUACUUAAAUGCUUCAGAUUUUUAGUGUAAUAUUGUAUAUCAGGCAAUCUAAUUUCUGUUUCUUUCGCAUCUAUUCAAAGCUAAUUUUGCCUGUCAGUAAUGGUGCAUGUGACCUUCCUCACCCCUUUGUAUCUCACCAUGCCAGAAGCAGUGUAAAGAAUACUCCUUUCCCGUUUACAUGACUUGUGCCUGACAGAUCUGAAGAAGUAUCUCUGUGUGAUUGCUGUUUCUCUUUCUUUCUAGGUAGGUAGCUAGAUGGAGGGAUAGGCACUUGAAUUUCCACAGGUUAGGGAAUGACUUUCUUCUAACAUGUAAGUGGCAUAGUUAAAGUAUGAGUGAGUUGUUUGGUCUUUUUAAUAAAAGUAAAAUAAAAUUGUGUACCGUCGUCUUGUGAUCAUCUAUAUUCUUUGUAUCUCAGAACAUUCUUGAUGUUUUUGUAUGUUUGAUAUUUGCAUGCAUUGCACUUUUUGGAAAUAAUGACACGGUCUUAGAAAUGCUGUUUAAGUGCUGAUUGCUGACAGCUAGUGAGUCGGAAAUGUUGAAACUGUGAAAUGGUCUAUGAUCAGAUUCUUGGGACAAGAGAGAGGGGGGGAGGAGGGAAAUUGUCCAGAAUGCAUGACUUCUGAACUGCAGGUUUAAAACCUGAUUCAGCUCUCAGAACCAGUUUUCUUCUGGUCUCAUUCCUCUGAGUGACUCCUGAUUUAUACCAGUUUUAAGACUGAGGAGAAUCAGGCCCAUAGCUGGUUACACAUAAACUUGUGAGACUAGUGUAGCGACCAUGUUUAGACUUAUUAGAAUGGUAUAAAAGAGACAUGGGUGUGUACUCCAAACUGAUACGCGGUUGUUGCAUUAUUAAUAUAUGUUGCCUUAAAAUGCUGAUGUCACUUGUGCUGUGCUCUGAAUUUCCUGUAGCAUUUCUGGUGGCGAAACUGUUGUAUUAGGAGGAGCAGAUGUGGUCAAGUGACCUGAGCACAGGACUGAGAGCCAGGGUAAUUGAUGCUAAUCUUGUCACUUACGCUAGUUUUACACCGUGUAUGGGUAUUCCUCAUUUAGAUCUGUGUAAGAGGGACCAGAAUCAGGGCAGGUAGCUCCUGAAUUCCAGUUUUGUCUUGGGCAAGUCUCUUAACCUCUCUGCCUCAGUUUUCCAUCUGUAAAAUGGGGAUAAUAAUACUGACCUACCUCACAGGGGUGUUGUGAGGAUUCAAUGACUGUUUUGAGAAGCACUCUGAAUAUGGAAAACGCUAUGUAAGUGCAAAGUAUUAUUAUUAGGUAUUAUUCAUUACAUCUUGCAAUGCACAGAAUUGCAUGUGCCAAAGGUUGGCAACAAUGGACACACAGAGUAAAUAAUGCAUACAUUAAUAAUGCUGGCAUAAAUGAAAACCUAUGUAACUUUUAUUUUCUGUUUAAAAGUGUGCUCAUGAUUUUUUUUUAUCCAUUCCUGGUUUCUCAUCCCUUCCUCAGCUGUUUCUAGAGUUGGCUUUUUAAUUCAUUGUGGGUGAAAUUCACCACUGUGCAGAGGAGUUGAACCAGGCAAGUGCACCACUUAUGUUCCAUUUAACUGACGUAUUGGCCUUUGUGUAAGAUCUCUGCCCAGGAGUGAAUUUUACCUUGGGUGUGGAGUUAGAAAGAUCAUAUGAUGCAAGGGACACGGGUGCAACCUUGAGGAACAGACACUGUUCCUAACAGCCCAACAGAGCUCAAGACACUUGGCACAUACUUUUCUAUAUCCUGGAGCUCUUGUACUUGGAUUUGUGGCGCUUGAGUAAGAAGGGACAAAAUGUGAAUGCAUUAGUGCAUUGAGAUGCUUUCGUACGCUACCCUCCCCGAUUUUGUACAGCACCACGGUGAUAUGCAACUUGAUUUAAUUUUAAAGCUCUGGUGUUUUCCCUGGUAUUUAUAUGCUUUGGGAAUAGAAGCCCAUCAUUUUGACAGAUACACAGUGCCAUGUUUGUGUGAUACUUUAAAAAGAAAAUAUUGGAAAUAGUGAUGAUAUUUGGAGUCUGUACCAAAUCAGUGUUUAGAAAUUGGAAACCUGCCAGUGGGGGAAAUUCUUAAGCUCCAGUUCAGUAAAACACUUAACCAAAUGCCUAACAUUGAAGUCUAUGGGAACGUUCACUUGCUUAACGUUAAGCACAUGCUUAAGUGUUUUGCUGGAUCAGGGCCUGAGUUGAAAAUUCCACUUUGACUAAGGUACCUGCCUAUGAAAAGGAUCAUUCCAGUUCGCUAGUGUUGCUUAAACCAUGAACUGGUGACCUCCUGGUUAGAAACAUCCCAUUCAAGUGUUUUUCUACAUUUAUAUCCUUCUCAGACUGAUUAAAAUAAUGUAUUCUCUUUCCAAUUAUUUUGCUCCCAACUGUUCAGUGUAUUUUCCGUUCCAAUUUUUUUAGGGAAUUUUUCAUGCUGCCAAUUAACUUUCUAAACUUUGGUUGAUUUCCUAAAACACUGAAAACCUUGAAGGGGUUUGAAAACAGAUAACGAGUUCUGCAGCUCUGCCUUUCAUAUACACUUGCCUAGAUGGAUUGCACUUUGAACCUUCUUUCUGGAAUGAUGUGGCAUUAGCAACACUGCUGUGAAGAGGAGGGGUUGUUUUGAAACCCCCAAGCAGGAGGGUGAACUGUUUAAAUUAUCGAUAGGUUUCUAAUUGUGAACUGUAAAAUAAAAAAAAAGAGAAAAAUACCA